GGGGGGUGCAGCACUCGGCCUCCCCCCGCUCUGACACAUCCGCUGCAUGACGGCAGGAAGUUGGGGGGGGCUCCCCCAUCUCAGAGCGCGCCCGCUGCAUCGGGACCUGCUCUGGCUGCACCCCGUGAUGGCUGGCCCGCGGUGGCACCCGGUGCUGCUGGCGCUGGCGGGGCCGGCGGCGGCCGGGGAGCCCGCGGCGGUCUACAAUGACAGGGUGGUGGCCGUGCUGCUGGGGGUCCUGCUGUGCCUGGCGCUGCUCCUGGCGCUAGCCUGGAACAAGCUGUGCCGCCUCUCAGCCGGGCGCUACCACCCCCGGCCCUUGGGCCGCCGGGCGCUGGAGAUGCUGCGGGGACAGUGGCACCGGCUGCGCUCACCGGAGGACCCCACCGCGGCCUUCGGGGACGGGGACAGUGACGGGGAUGUGGUGGCCGUGCGGGACGAGGAGGAAGAGUUGAUGCCCUGGAGCUUGGAGCGGCGGCGGCCAGAGGAUGAGCAGGAGGAAGAUGAGCAGGAGGAAGAUGAGCAGGAGGAGGAUGAGGAAGAGGCCGAAGUAGCGGCAGAGGGCGAGGAGAGGCCCCUGAGUGAGGGGGAGGUGGCGGGGGGCAGCGCCGAGGCUCUGCUCAGUGACCUGCACGCCUUCUCAGGGACAGCGGCCUGGGGGGACACGCGGCCACACGUCACAGCCUUGUGACAUCAUCGGUCACCACCCUUUGAUGUCAGCACCCUUUGAUGUCUCCUCCCCGUAAUGGGACCUCCCUGUAAUGUCACCUCCUUGUAACGUCACCUCCCUGCAGUGUCACCGCCCUGCCACCAAAGGGACCCCUUCCCUGUCCCCUGCCUGACCCAACUGAGACUCCUGACUGGCAGCACUGACCAAUAAAAGAGCACGGAUCAGGGGGAA